UCCCAAUAAUAGCAAUGGUUAUGGGUGAAAGGGGUUUGAUGGCAAGGAUAAUUUGUCCCGAAUUUGGGGGAUAUCUUACUUUUGGUACCCUGGAGUCAGGAAUAGUAUCAGCACCUGGGCAACCAACAAUUGAUGAUUUGGUGAACUUGUACAAUUUCAGACAGAUAGGACCUGAUAGAAAUACAAAAGCAUUUGGCAUUAUUGGGAAGCCUGUUGGCCACAGCAAGUCACCUAUUUUAUACAAUGAAGCAUUCAAGAAAGUUGGUUUUAAUGGAGUUUAUCUGCAUUUGUUGGUGGAUGACGUUGCAAACUUUCUUAAGACUUAAUCAUCUACAGAUUUUGCUGGGUUCAGGUUGAGUAAUAAGAUUUGACAAUAGUAGUAUUUAUAUAAUUGUUGUGCUUUGGUUUGGCCCAUAUUUCAAAGUUUAUUUCUAUCUGGUAACUACAAUUAUCACGGGGGACUCUUUUGUGCGUUCUGAUCUUCUAUAUAUAUUUUUCCUAAAGUCACUUUUAUAGGAACACACUGACAGAAAC